UGUAGCGGACGAUAAAAAUUCACAACCCAACGCUACUUGACGGGGCUGGGGGCAUUUGAGAAAAUUAGAUUCGCUUCCGUUGUUGUUCGCGCCGCUUGCUUUGAUCCACGGCCGCGAUUCCGCGUAGCGAACGCGUAACCAAAUUACCCCACCCAGCAGCAAUGGUGAAGAAAAGCUCGAUCAGCCAUGCCUUCGUGGGGAUGGAAAUGUUUUCAAAGCCAACGAUUUUUCGCAGCUGAUGGGAGUAAAAUUGAAGUAAAAAUAUUAACAUAAUUCCACCCGCAACGUGACGUGCAUUGCGCGGUAAGAUUGCUCCAUCCGUUGCUCUCGCCAUUUUUGCUCUAUAAAAGCUACCCGCUUCCGGUGGCGUAACCGCAGAACGCAUUCGUGCAUAAGGACAACAGCAGUAGCAGCAGUUACCAUGGCACGGGUAACGCUGACCCUUCUAGUAUCCCUGGUGGGUUAUCUCGCGUACAGCACACUCUCAAGUGAAGCGCAACCGAUCGAGUCUCUGUUGCUCGCACCAUCCGCAUCCGGCAGCUCGCCGGGCCAGGACAGUGGCAUCGAAAAACUACAAACUUGGCUGAAGGAAUCGAACCUGUAUCGUCGACGGAUUGGCAACGGGCGCAACUAUGCGCCUUCGAGCGGCUACCAGCCGUACCGACGGUCAGUUCCAUUGUCCUCGUACUCGGAUGUGACCGACAACCUGCUGGAACUUCCGUCGGCAGCCGGUGAUGGUUCUGGCCGGCAGAACAACCAGCGGUACGAUUUCGACGUGUACUUCGCCGACGGUACCAAUGCGGAAAAGGACCAAUGGCGCUACAAGGACCCCGUGAAGCACUGGUUCGAGGAGUAUGGGCCCCAGCGAGCCGAGAAACGCGCGAAAGCGACCGCAACGCAGAGUGAGGGUGAAAAAAGGGCCGGUGCGGGUGGUGACCAGUUCGAUGAUUACGGAUUUAUGCGCUUUGGCUGAUAGAAUUGGCCUGGGAUGGGGCCAACGGCAAAGGAUGGCACCUAGCGGGUAGGUUCGGUGUUGCUGGAACGAUGCAAGAGAGAUGUGCUUGAGACGAGAGCACUUCUAGCACACUUGCGAUAUCAGUUUUUGGGGGCGGCAAAUAAAGCAAACUUCUGUCUGUAACGUGAAUCCGGCGGAGUGUGAUCGGUCUUCUGAACAUACUGAUGACGUGAAAUGUUGGGUAUUUUUUUGUUAUUUGUUUAAGAACAUUCACAGACAAUCCAUCCGCCUGUUUGCUUGGUGGUAUUGUUACACGUACACCUUGGGAAUUUAAGCGAAUUGGUCCAUUGAUUGUAAAUGUUCUGUUUGGGGUUUUGUCGCUUAUACAUAAAUAA